AUGUUUUUAGACUUCAAUAAACUCAUGAAAGUGUCAGGAAUUUCUACGGACAAUAAAUAUUUAGGAAAGUUGAAAGUACAAUGCGAUUCGAGGAAAAAAUAUUUGCUACCGAAUUUGCUAUGGACAUUGUCAUCAGAAUUAAAGGCAUCGUUUUUAGAGCUAGAAGAAGUGUACAGACGAAUUUUAAUUAUUCCAGUUUCGAGUGCUACAGCUGAAAGGAGUUUUUCAACGGUGGUGAGGAGAAUGAAAACCUACAACAGAUCAAUCAUGACCGGAAAACGCUUACAUAGCCUUGUCCUCGCUCUGCUAUCAAUCGAAAGAGAAAAAACCGAAGAGUUUAUAACAUAUCCGGGCGACAUUUUAAAUGUAUUUUCGUGUGGUAAGUCAAGAAGAUUACAUUUUUCAAUAUACCUACAUAUCUCAAUAUCAAUACAUAAAUUUAAAAAAUGUCUGUAUUUUAUUUAAAUGUUACUGUGUUACCUAUAUUAAUUAUUGAGGUUAAAUUCAUGGGCCAACUCAAAAAAAUAUUCCUUGAUGUGAAUUUAUUUGAGUAAUUUAUAUCUAACAACUGUGUUUCAUAUUAAUAUUUUCAUCGUAUCAAUAAAAUAUUGUUAUGAAAAAUGUCAGUUAUACAAUCAUAUAUUCAAACAUUUGCCUGUCAGAGAUCGUUAUAUAGGUAUACCUAUCUAUACAUACGCAUUUGCAUAAUAUAUACUCAGAGUUGGAUGUAUACAGGGUUUUUUAAUUAAAAACAAUUCGUUCAGAAAAAAAAAAAAAAUACAAAAUUACACAAGUACGAUUUUUGCCAUAAAAUUACUGAAAACGUAUCUAUUGUAGUACAUUUUGUUCUCCAUUUUAAUUUAUACAAAUAUAGUCUUUACAAUUCAUUUUAAAAUUGUGAUGCCUUUGCUAUAAAUUGGAUACAAUUACGAAAUAGACAAAAUCAUCUAUCGUUACAUUAAGUUCAGCAGCAGAAAAUUAUAUUUUCGAUCAAAUUAAUACAUGGCUACCUAAGAAGUUCAGUAGGUACAUAUGAAUUGGAUUGCUUCUAAAAACCGUUUAAUUUGUAGGUAUCCAGGAAAACUAAUCGACCAGAGAUAAUCAAAAAAAUGGUGAUACUGAAUUUAAAAAUAAAACGAUAAUACAAUUGUAUUAACUAAUAUAAGGCAUGUAUUUAUAGAGUUUUUGAAUCUUAUGAAUAAAUUAUAUUUUCAUUAUACAAGUAGAACUGUGUUUUGUUGUUGUAAAGGUUGUGCAUUUUUAUUUGAAAAUAAGAAACAAACUGAAUUAAGCAAAUAUGCCAACAAGUCGUAG